GCAGGUGACGCCCAGCCCCGACCCCACAGAGCUGAUGGCCACCACUGACUUCUACUCCUGGGAGGACGGGUAUUCGGGCGAGUCCGGCUUGCUGCCCGAGCUCUGUGAGAAGCAGGCAAUACAGGGCUUCGCCCGCACCUUCCAGCCUGCCUUCUACCUGCUGCUCUCGCUGCUGGGCACGGUGGGAAACGGGCUGGUGCUGCUCACACACAUCCGCUACCGCCAGGCACACAGCAUCACCGACGUCUGCCUCCUGCACCUCGCCGUGUCCGACCUCCUGCUGCUCCUGACGCUGCCCUUCGCCAUCACCGACACUCUGCAGGGCUGGUCCCGGGACACAGCCGCCUGCAGGGCACUGCAGGGCUUCUACGCCCUCAACUUCUACAGCGGCUUCUUCUUCCUCRCCUGCAUCAGCGUGGAUCGCUACGUGGCCAUCGUGCGGGUGACCGUUGCCUGCCGCCUGCGCCCGCGGGCUCGCCGCCACGGCUGGCUGACGGCGGGGCUGGCCUGGCUGCUGGCCACGCUGCUAGCCCUGCCCCAGUUCAUCUACAGCCAGGCGGAGCAGCACCAGGAUCUCCGCAUCUGCCGCGUAGUUUUCCCCCGGGGGGUCUCACGGGCAGCGCGGGGAGCCACCAACCUGGUGCAGGUGGUGUUCGGCUUCGUGGUGCCCUUCCUGGUGAUGGCCAGCUGCUACGCGGCUGUGGCGAGGACGCUGCUGGCAUCCCGCGGUGCCCAGCCCCAGCGGGCGCUGCGAGUUCUGCUGGCCCUGGUGGUGGCGUUUGUGGUCCUGCAGCUGCCCCACAGCCUGAUGGUGGUGCUGGACGCGGCCGAGCUGCUGACCGUCUGGGAGAUGAGCUGUGCCGAGAGCCGCCGCAAGGAUUUGGCGCUGCUGGUCACCGGCGGGCUGGCGUACCUGCGCUGCUGCCUCAACCCGCUGCUCUACGCCUUCCUCGGGCAGCGCUUCCGCCGGGAGCUGUGGCUGCUGGCCAGCGAYGCCGGCUGCGUGGGCUGCCUGGAGCCGCGCUGCCUCGGCUGCCGCACUCCCCGCCGCCGGACAUCGCUCUCCACUUCCCUGGUCGUCGUGGAGUAGGAGCACGGUGACCAGCGCCCUGGGGUUCGGCCCCUCUGCGGCUCCCCGGGGACAGCCCCGUCCGUGCAGGGAGCUGCCACAGUGAGCAAGCAGCAGACAAUCCGCCUGCACACGCGUGGGCAGAGCGAAGAGCAGCCCCGCAGCGCUUGUGUGCCCUGCGAGUGCCUUCACUGCCCGGCGACACGCCGCGCUGGGGUCCCCGCAGUGUCACGCGUGUUUCGGGGGGGGAUAUGCAAUGCUAAACGUGCUCUGGGGGUCCGUACGGUGCAGCUGAGCCGGGUCGGUGGCUGCWACAGCUGGUUCCUUCUCUCACAAUAAACCCCGAACG